AUGGCAAUUAUUGCGAUAGACCAGGUAACGGUGGAAUACUAUUAUACAGAACUAUUGAGACAGUAUCUAGAAGCGAGACAUGCUUGGGAAGAAGGGCAAUUCGAUAGGUUAGUAUGGAAAGAUAUGAAAACCGUAUUCGACGAGUUCAAGGCACAUAUGAAGGAAGAGCGGGAGGACAUUAGACUCAUGUGUGCAAUCACCGGUGAGGGUGAGCCAAGGGAAAAUGCGCACGACGCGGAUAAGGUUGUGUGCGAGUAUAUAUUAAAGGCUUUGCAUUAUCAGUAUGGGCACCUUCUAGGGCAACAACAUACCGAUAUGAACGCCCGUGACGUGGCAGGGCGGGAGCUCACGGCAUGCAUGAGAUCUAUAAUGGGUGCUAUGUAUAUGAAGGAAGUGUACGAUAAGAAGUGUAUAAGGACGGAAGGACUUCAAUAUGCGAAGGAGGCAUGGGAACCAUUAAGAACAACCUUUCAUAGUGGGAGUAGUGUAAGUAGGUGCAAUAUAAUAAAUUGGGAUAACAUGAGUAUGGGAAAAACGAUGGUAGGUGCGAAGGUUAGAGACUGGUUAGGCGAGGAGGGGAAAAUACUGCACAGUAUAUGGGCCGAUGUCACGAAGGAGAACUGUACAGGACGAGGCAGCGUUCAUGGGCAGGAACAGAGUAGCAGCGGAGGAGAAAAUAUCAAGACUGCACUGGAUGAAGAAGUGGAUAAAGUAGUUGAGGAGCAGGAGAAGACAGCACAAAGGGCGAAGGACAAAGUAAUAAAUGAGCAUAAGGGACUCACGGAAAUUGCGGCCGCAGCAGGUGCCGGCACGGGGACACAUGCAACAGCCGACGGACCCGGUGGGACAAAACCGGAAGGCGCCGGACGCUCCGCGGCCGCUAAGCCGGCCACAACAGCAACGACCCCGGAGGACAAAAAGAAGCACGCAGCACCUUCGGCACCAUCCUCAGCCGGAGACUCAGUGUCCAGGACGGAUCCCACACCUGGAGCACAGGACGCGCGAGGAGCAGCAUCAGGAUCGGGGCAGCAACCACAAGCACCGGCAUCCCCAGCAGUACCAGCCAGACCACCACCACCACCUCCUCCGGAGGAGCCACCAAAGGAACCACCGGCCCCAGGAGGAACAGGCACGCAAGGACCAGGACCUGGACAACAACCCCCUGUGUCACCACCAUCAUCCGUGGGUACCGUGACGGAUAAGACCAAGGAAGAACCUGCAGGUAAGAAAAGUACUUGUACCAAGACCGUGACCGUAUCCCAAGUUGCGGCAGCAGGCCGCGGACAAAGUGCUGAAACCAUUCAGGAGGAUUUGCGUGGUCACGGUAGUACCAUGAUAUCUAUCAGUGUCCCGGACUCUUCAUCCGAAUGUUCAGACAAAGGUAAAGGUACUGAAAACGAUAGCUCAAGUAAGGGCGGACAAGGCGUCCAGUCACAGGAUCCACCCCCUGGUGGAGAGGUUAAAGAAGAGAAAGGAAAGGAGACACAGGCGCAGGAACCAGUAGCACGAGCAGGGUCAGAUGACCCGAUAGAACCAGCCAAUCCAAAAAGUUCAGAAAAUUCUGCUGGUCCAGUUCGCGGGGAAGGUGAAAUUCACCCUACGACAACCACGGGCUCGCGCGAGAAAAAUAUGGACGAAUGGGACACAAAAGUGUACAGUACCCCCCUAUGGGGUAUAGGCGAAGGAUUCUCUGGGGAUGGGAAAGAAUUUGGUCACGUACCGAAUAGUGCCAACUUAUGGGGUAUAGGAGAUUUGCCUCGUAAAAAAUAUAAAGAUUUCACACUUAACUAUCCUCCAAAUGAGCUGAACAUAAAGGACGUAUCAGGUGCAUUCGUACCACCAACCACCAUACCUGGAUCAUCCAGUUCAUCCAACACCGGCCAAGGUCCCGGGGACGUCGCCCAAGCUGUCCCUGACCUAACGCACGCUGUCCUUAGCGCCACUGCUCCCGUACUCUUCUUCCUGUCCGCCGUCACCGUUGCCUUCCUUGGUUAUUCCUUUUGGAACGCCUUACUUGUAUGUUCCCAAAAGCAACUCUAA